AUGCUGCUGUUCCUCACGCUGACUCUCCUCUUCGUUUUUGCCUGCAGCGCCCAGGAGCUACAUGGCCCAGGCUUUGGCUCCUACUUCUACAUCAAGGGAGAAGAGCAAGGCGAGAUCCAGGGCAUCCGAGUCUUCGUGGGGAUCCUGGGCCUGAUCAAGGGCAUCCAGCUGCGGUUCGGCACUCGCUGGAGCCAGCGGUACGGGGCUCCCGGAGGGCGCGCGCGGGAGUUCCUGCUGGAGGAGGGCGAGCGCAUAACCGCGGUGGACGGCAGCGCGCAUGCCUGCAUCUGGCACCUUCGCUGGACCACCAGCAGGGGGCGCCAGGCGAGCUUCGGGCGCGCGAUCGGCAAGCGGUUCAGCGCCCGAGCCCCCUCCGCCGCCCAGCAGCUCCUGACUGCCAACGGCCAGCACUGGUUCUUCUGCCUCUCCGGAAUCGGCUUCAAGUGGGGGUUGGCCCCCCAGAAGCUGUCCUCUCAAGCACCCACCACGGCUUCUCCAGAGCGAACCACCGGCCUGGGGGAGGUCUCAGGAAGCGGCUCUAUCUUCUCACUGGGCUUCCCCUUCAGGAUGCCCUGGCAGGGUCGUACGUAA